CUUUCUGAGAUUGCGGUGGCGCUGUAGCUCACCCUCUCACCGUAGAACAGAUGGCGGACAGUUUGCAGCGUCCGCUCGGCGGCUGUGCGCUGGUGCCUCUCGACAUCACACACAGCAACUUCGAAAACCACGUGAGCACUUCACUUCGGCACCAUGAUGGCGUCCAUCCUGCAUCCACCUAUUCAUUCAUCUUUAUGGACGUACGCUGUAGCGGUGGGCUGAGAUCCGGCUGGACCCGGAGCAUACCAUCGAGCAGGUGAUCAGAAGAGAGCGAGAAGCGGCAGGAGUCCCUGCCUCACGCACCAUUGUCAAGCACAUGUUAUGCAUGCAGAUCAAGGAGCGUUUGUAUCGGAUGGUGGGCACUCCGCCCGCCUCGAUGAAGCUGACUCUCCAGCACCCUACCGGAGAGUUCGAGAUACCCCUCGAUGACGACAGCGCACAACUCAAGUAUGUCCAAACCGGCGGCACAGAGCAAAGCGCAGACAGUGGAUGGGUGGCAUGUGUUUGGUGGAUGGCACGGCACAGGCGUUAUGGCAUUGAGCCUGGUUUGGUGCUGCACAUCGACGACACCGACCCCAACUCGCUGUCUAAGGGAGGGGGGCUCGAACACACUGAAAUGGUCAGCCCAGCCAGCCGCGCAGUGUCUGUGUCCGGUUUAUGUCACACACACAUGUGUGCAGGUGGCCAAGUACACGAUGUCUGACGAGGACUACGCCAAGAGGAGCGGCACCAUGCGCGAAUUCAAAGCCAGGAUGCAGGCAGCCCGCCCCGAGCUCUUCAGCCAGGGCGAUGCAUCAUCCGAAGAGCCAGCCGAAUCGCUGGAGCAGCUCAAACAAGACUACCCUGUAAGAACGACAAACCAUCUCACCUACACACAUGUUCCUGCCAAUCAUGUGUGCAUCUGUCUGUCAGGUCGACAGUCGGUGUGAGGUGCAGCCCGGCGGGCGAAGGGGACGCGUGGCUUACGUGGGACAAGUAGAAGGGGGCACAGGUAGGUCAUGCAUUGCAUUUCCCGUACGAAAGACAAGGUGUGUGUAUGCCUGACCUGCAGGUAACUACAUCGGCGUUGAGUUGGACGAGCCGCAGGGCAAGAACGACGGCACCAAAAACGGCAAGAGGUGAUCAAUGGAUCGAUCGACACACCGAGGCGAGGCGAGGCGAGGCGACCCACUGUUCGUUCCAUCGUUGUGUGUCACAUGUGCUAUGCAGGUAUUUCGAUUGCCGUCCCAACUAUGGUUGUUUCGUUCGGCGGGACAAGGUGGCGGUGGGCGACUUCCCGCCAAUCGACCCUUUCGACCUCGAGGAGCUAUGAAGGGCUUGGCUUAAUUGCAUCACUCGCUGAAUGAAUGAAUGAAUGUCAAUUAGGUGAUGGGUUGUCUGUCUGUCUGUUUGGAUGGCUACGUUAAAAUUGGCGCGAGUGGUGUGCAUAGCUGGCGGUGCCGAUCAGAGGGACGCUCUCUGACUGACUGGCUCACUGACUGACUGACGACUGUUCGUUCGUUCGAGUCAGUCAGUCAGUCAGUCAAUGAUUGUGAAUGACUGGUGAAUGAGUGAAUGAGUGAACGGAUAGGCUGAAUGAUAUGAAUGGGUGGCGAUUUCAGUCUUCUGAUCGACAGACACACAUGUACUGUAC